GACUUCUACUUCAUCUGCAAUAACAACGACCCCAGAGGCUUGAAGAGACGCAAAGGUGCUUUUGGGGCAGACACAAAGGUUGUUUGUCAUGUUUGGCGAGCAAUAUGGGUGGACAUGUGCGGCAACCAGAUGCUCCCAUCCCUAAAUAUCGUGAUUGUAGUGGAGAAUUCAGCUUUGAAGUUCAUGUUGAUUAUCAAAUCAAAAAGAAGAGAGGGAAGCAUUUUAUGCAGGAUG